AUGGUAGAAAUAUAAAAAAUUGAUUAUAAAGAAAUAUUCUCUAAGUCAGUAGAAAAUUAUAAGGUAUGUUUUAAAAUGUUGGAUGAUUUUAAAGAAGAACCAUUAGUAGCUCCUAUAUAUAAAGAUUCAAUAGGAAAAAUUGAAGAAAUAAGAACUAUAUUAUGGAAUUUAUAAAAUUUAUACAAGCCUUAAAGCUUUUUAUUAGGUCUUAUUAAACAAAAAAGUGGACAAGUGGAUUAAUUAAAUACCCAAGAAUUAAAAUUUAUAACUAAUAAAUUAGUAGCUUUUAUGUAGGAUUAAGAGUCUGUUUUAAGAAAUUAUUUGAAAAUUGCAAAGGAUAGAUUUUAAUAAAUGGCUUCUGAUAUUAUAGAAAAUUAAGUUUCAUUAUAAGUUUUAGGAUUAAAAUAAAAUAAUAAUGAAGAUUAAUAAUAAUAAUAUGAAUUAAAAAAUUUCUAUGAAAAUCUAGAAUAUCAAACAGUAAAAAUUUAAACUGACUAAGAAGGAACAAUAAUAUGGCUAAUGAAUUAACUAAAAGUAAAUUUAUUCGAAGAACUUAAAAAUGAAAUAUAAUUUUUAUUGAAAGAAAUAAGUUAAAUAUUAAACCCUAAAUUUUAAAAAGGAGAUGUUAUUUCAUAAACAAUAAAAGAAAUUUUUAUGAAUUUAUUACAAAAAACAAGCGAAAAAAUAUCAUCUAAAAAAAUAACAAAUUUAGAAGUAAAUUAAUGCUUUAAAGUAUUAAAUGAAUUUUUAAAUGAAUAAAUUUUCUAAAAUUAGUUUAUUGAUAGAAAUUUAAAGACUGAACUAGCCGAUAAAUUUUUCGAAUAAGUCGAGAAUGUAUGUAGAAGUUAAGUAAUGAAUUGUUUUUCUAAUUUAAGAUAUGACUACAUGUAAUUAAUAAUUGAGACUAAAUAUUAAUGUAAAUAAAUUUAAGAUGAAUACAUAAACGAUAAAUCAGAUCAUGAUUUACAAGAAGCCGAAUCGAAUUUAAAAAGGGAAAUUUUUUAAUUGACAACAAUUUUAAAAAAUAAACUAGAUUCACUUAUUUAAUGUGUAUCUUUAGAACUUAAAUCUUUUGUAUUUUCAGAAGAUUAAUAUCUAAAAAAUCACGAUAUGUUUAUAGGUCUUAUGCAUGGUUAAAUGGUUGAUUUUUGUAAAAUUAUACACAAAACACUAGGAAUGAGAUAAAAUUAAGUUUCUAUUGAUAAUGUUAAUUUAUAUAAUAGUGUACCAGCUAAUAGGACUUAAAUGAAUAAACUUAAUAAUUAAUUUAUUGCACUUUUUUAGAGAUUUUAAUAAAGUCCGGAAAAUAAUGUUUAUUUUUUAUUAGUUAAUUAAUUCUUAUAAAUUUAUGAAAAAAAAAUUAUUUCGCAAAUUUUUGAUACAUUAAAUACAAUUAUUGAUUUUUAUUAAAAUCUUAAAAGCACUACUUUAAAUUAAGAUAUAUAAAAAAUACAAAACGGUGCUAAAUAUGAUUUUAGUAUAAACUACGUAAACUAUUGUUAAAGUUCUUCUGAAGAAAUUCUCGGAAGCCUUGACUCUUAUUUCGAAGACAAUAAAUUCAUUUAAAACACAUAACCUCCAUCAGAUAUAUCACCUGAAAUAAAUAAUAUUGUAAACUAUAUUCGUACUAUAAUAUUAGAAUUGAACAUAUUUUUCCCCGACAUGAAACGUAGUUUAGUAAAGAAAACCUCAUUUGUUAAACUUGACGGUACUUUUAAUAUUGAAAUGGAACGUAUGCUGGUAAAAAAAAGCCACUAAUUCGAUACUAAUAGGUUAGAAUUUAAUCGAAAUUUACUUCUAAUGAGUCUUUUGAAAGGUAUUUUUAAAGGAAUAAUUGAAAGAGUUAGAUAAGUGAAGAUUUUUGAUAAUUUUUCCUUUUAAUAAUUAUAAAUUGACUUAUGUUUUAUUAUGUAACUUUUCUUUGAAAUGGUCGCUGUAGAUGAUGAGAGUUUCAUAACAGCUCUUUAUUUUGAAAUUAUAGAGAGCGCAAGUGAUAAUUAUUUAGAUAAUAAAAAAUUAGAUUAAUAAAUAAUAGAUAACAUUGUAUAAUAAAAAAGAUAAAAACUAAAAAUAUGA